AGGGGGAGUCUCCUCCAUCUCCUCCGUGUCCCCGCAUCAGAGCCGUUCCCUGGGACACCGCGGUUUCCCCACGCCGAGCCCCCUCCUUGCUGCUGUGCUGUGUCAUCUCUCCCUGCUCCUUGUUUCACAGUGCCGAGGCAGAUCCGAGCUGGAGCUGCUGUCUCCUGCGUGGAGCUGUGAUUCCUUCCUGGGGUUUGUGCUAUUUCCAGCUCCUGUUGCCCCCGUUCCUGUGACGCCUGUCCCCGUGUGCUGGGAACCAGCCCAGGUUGGCAGCACGCUGCGCUCUGCUCCGUUUGCAGCCCCUUUUCCCACGCUGCAGGACAGCCCAGGGCGUAUCUUGCAUGGCACCGAGGCUCGGUCUCUGCGUGAGCUGCUGAGGCAGACGUGGAUCCGCAGGACGAGCAGAGCUGCAGGGAGAGCUCCCCGCUGUGUUUUGCAGCCUAGGCGCCCCGCCGGCAGCGAACGGAUGCUGACGCCAUGGAGGUGGCCAACACCAGGGAUUUCCAAUGGAAGACCCUCGCCCCGCUGCCGAGCCCCAGGGUGUACUCCACGCUGGUGGAAGCGGGCGGGCAGGUGUUCGCCAUCGGGGGCUGCGAUGACAACGGUGUCCCCAUGGACUGCUUCGAGGUCUAUUCCCCCGAGGCCGACCAGUGGACGUCGCUGCCCCCCAUGCCCACGGCCAGGGCCGGGGUGGCGGUGGCCACGUUGGGCAAACGGAUCAUGGUGAUCGGGGGCGUGGGGGCCAACCAGGCGCCCCUGAAGAUCGUGGAGAUGUACAACGUGGAUGAGGGCAAGUGGAAGAAGAGGAACUCGCUGAGGGAGGCGGCCAUGGGCAUCUCGGUGACGGCGAAAGACUACAGAGUGUACGCGGCCGGAGGGAUGGGAGCCGACCUGAGGCCGCACAACUACCUGCAGCACUACGACAUGCUGAAGGACAUCUGGGUGUCGCUGGCGGCCAUGCCCACGGCACGGUAUGCAGCCACCUCCUUCCUGCGGGGCACCAAGAUCUACGUGCUGGGGGGAAGGCAGUCCAAGUACGCCAUCAACGCCUUCGAGGUCUUUGACACCGAGACCAGAUCGUGGACCAAGUUUCCCAACAUCCCCAACAAAAGAGCCUUCUCCAGCUUCGUGCCCACCGAAGACAAACUCUUCAGCCUCGGGGGCCUGCGGCAGGGCCGGCUCUACCGGCAGCCCAAGUUCAUGAGAACCGUGGAUGUGUUUGACUUCGAGCAAGGUGGCUGGAUGAAGAUGGAGCGCUCCUUCUACCUGAAGAAACAGCGAGCAGACUUCGUGGCUGGCUACCUGAAAGGCAGAGUCGUCGUGGCUGGGGGACUGGGAAACCAGCCGACCGUCCUGGAGUCUGCGGAAGCUUUCCACCCCGAGAAGAACAAAUGGGAGAGCCUGCCCCCGAUGCCCACCCCGCGCUGCGCCUGCUCCAGCAUCGUGCUCGGGGGCUGCCUGCUGCUGGCGGUCGGCGGGGUGAGCCAGGGGCUGAGCAACGCCGUGGAAGCCCUCUGCCUUUCUGACUCCUAGCAGCAGCCCCCGCGGUCCCCUCUGGUCUCCUUCAGAGCUCCCAGGGGUGGGGGCUGGGGGGGGGAAACCCAGAGGAAAGGACUGCUUGCAGUGUUUGUGCCAUGUGUCCUGCUCUGCAGGGGUAGGGUGUGGGUGAGCAUCUCCCUGCUGCCAUCCAGAGCCCCCCCGGGUUCGGAGGGGUUAGCCAGGUGAGGGGAGAACAGAUGCCAUGCCCUCUUUGGGCGCUCUGAGGUCUGUGUGUGCUUUCUCCUUGGUGUGCAGGAAGGGAAAUUCCCAAUCUGCAUCCAGGUGCAGGGGAUCGUUCUUUUUUGCCUUCGUAGCAAGGCUUUUCCUGCAGGCCUGUAGCAUGUCACUGUCACUUUGCCAGGAGCUGGAGCAAGGAGCUGCCAGUGCUCCUGGGAGGGAUGGAUGCCCAAAGGACUGCUUUGGCAAGAGGCUGGGUGUUACUUUUGGCACAGGAAAAGCACAAAAAUGCCUUUGUGGGGUUUCAUGAAGAGACGGCCUCCACCUGGAUUUUAGUUCCUACCAUUAUUUGGGGUCUUCUCUUCGGUCCUGGGAGAAAGGAGAGAAAUGGAGCCCUCCCUCCAGGGCGCUGGGCAGGGAUUUUCCCUUAACUUUGCUCUGCAGGGAGGUCAGAGAGCCACGGCCAUGGCUGCUCUUCGGUUUUGUUCCUUCGUUUGGGAGGGUUCGAGCCACUGGCUGUCACUCCCAGCUUGUAGCAUCAUUAAAAGCUGUCUCCAAAAAACCCCCCUCAGA